UUCUAAAGCUUCUAAUUGGGUAACAGUUCAAUGAAAACAAAUAUGGCGGGCGAAGGAGACAGACAAGAGAAUCUAAGUUUUUCAAACACAAAAUCACCGUGUACUUUCAACCUUACCCGCUUACGAGAGCGUGUUAAAGAAUACAUAGACAAGCACCACUAUGAUUCUGCAGCAUUUUGGGCGGACAAAUUGGUAUCAUUGUCAAAUGGUGCAGUGGAGGAUGUGUAUUGGUAUGCCCAGACCUUGUACAGUACUGGCCAGUAUCACAGAGCUGCAAAAUGUAUUCUAAAUAGAAAAUUGCACAAAAACAAUAUGUGCUGUAGAUAUUUAGCAGCUAAAUGCCAUUAUGAAUGUAAGGAGUAUCAGGAAGCCCUGGCUAUAUUAGAUUUUGUUGAACCUUGUUCUAUACAGCCUAUCAACAAGAAAAUGUCAUUCAAUGUCAACCAGAGUAUAUCAGAACCAGAUACUUCAACUAACAAAAAUAUGGAGUGUUCUAUGAAUGUGUUACGAGGUCAGAUAUAUGAGGCAAUGGAUAACAGGACACUAGCUAUGGAAUGUUUCAAAGAAGCACUGCGGCAGGACGUGUAUUGUUAUGAAGCCUUCGACCUUCUCGUAAACCACCAUAUGUUAUCUUCACAAGAAGAGAGAGAGUUGAUAGACAGUCUACCAUUUAGCCUACAGUGUCCCAGCGAGGAGGAGGAACUUGUUAAAUUUCUGUAUGAAAAUAAACUGAAAAAGUAUGACAGGCCACAAGAAGCUAAAGUACCUGAAAGUUUAGAAGUGCUCAGUGAUAAUUUAGAUAUUAUAUGUAACUUGGCAGAGAGACAUUACUACAACUGUGAUUUUAGAGAAUGUUAUAAAUUAACUACCAAAAUAUUGAAUACAGAUCCAUACAACAGUACAUGUUUACCACUUCAUAUAGCCGUGAUGGUUGAAUUAAAGAAAUCUAAUAGUUUAUUUUAUCUUGCCCAUAAAUUAGUUGAUCUGUACCCUAACAAGCCAGUUUCAUGGUUUGCUGUAGGUUGUUACUAUUUCCUUAUAGACCAGAAAGAGGCCGCACGUAGAUAUCUCAGUAAAGCUACCACAUUAGAAAGAACAUAUGGACCUGCCUGGUUGGCAUUUGGCCACUCCUUCGCUACUGGUAAUGAACAUGAUCAAGCCAUGGCAGCAUACUUUACAGCAGCUCAACUCAUGAAAGGAUGUCACCUGCCAGCACUUUAUAUUGGCCUAGAAUAUGGACUAACAAACAAUCCUAAGUUAGCAGAGAGAUUCUUCCGGCAAGCUCUUAGUAUAGCACCAGAUGAUCCAUUUGUUCUACAUGAGAUGGGUGUGAUAGCCUUUCAAAAUGAAGAGUGGAUGAAGGCAGAAACAUAUUUCAAGGAUGCAUUGAGGAGAAUUCAGGUGUGUGAAAAACAAACAAGUGUACCAGAGAAGUGGGAGCCCUUACUGAACAAUCUUGGACACACAUGUAGAAAACUCAGAAAACUUGAUGAAGCAUUAGAGUAUCACCAGCAGGCUCGGAUCUUAGACCCUCAGAGUCCCUCCACAUACUCUGCUAUAGGCAUUGUGUUAGCUUUAAAAGGGGAAGCAAUCGAGGCAGUAGAUUAUUUUCAUAAGGCUCUAGCAAUUAGAAGAGACGAUGCUUUCUCUACAACAAUGUUGUCAAAUCUUGUAGAAUCUCUGAUGUUACAGCUCUCACCUAGUGAUGAUGUAGAAGAUAGUCCUGUGUUUAUGGCUCCAACAGGAGUGCCUGGUUUUUCAUUAGAUGAUCACAAUGAUUCGAAGGACUUACCGCCUCCACCUAUGAUGAGACUGACAUCACAGCUUGAAGAUUCAUCAGUGGCAGAUUCCUCCGCAGUAGACAGUAGUAGUCUUAUGAUAGAAGAAGUAGAAAUGGGAGAUUGAAGAGAAACUAAAUGAGCCGCGUCAUGACAAAACCAACGUAAUGUGUUUGCGACCAGCAUGGAUCCAGACCAGCCUGCGCAUCUUCGCAGUCUGAUCAGGAUCCAUGCUGUUCGCUUUCAAACCCUAUUACAAGUAGAGGAACUGAUAGCUAACAGCAUGGAUCCUGAUCAGACUGCGUGGAUGCGCAGGGUGGUCUGGAUCCAUACUGGUCGCAAACGCACUAUGUUGGUUUUGUUGUGACGCGGCUCAAAUAAUGAUAUAAAAACCCCACAAACACUGUGAAGGUUUGAUAUAAAAAAUACACUUGACAGUAAUAGUCAUCAUAUCUGAGAGAAUUGCUACAACAUAUAUAAUCACAGUGCCGAGAAAAGCAGUUUUUUGCUACAAGGACAAGAAAUAUUACACAUCUAUUUUUACUUUUAAGCAAUUAGAUUUUACCUAUGCAACCAGUGCAUUAUCUUGGCAAUUCAGACAGUUUAUAUUUUGAAUUUGCCCCAAAAAUUAUAUAAAAAAAACAACAUUCAGUUUCAAAUAUAAGUAAGUUAGCAUAGUUUGGUUAAUAUAUUUUAAGGUAUGCACACCUUAUAUAGGCUGCAAAAUGUACAGUUAACUUCACUGUUCAGUCAGAUUUCGAGAGAGAGAGCAGGCUUGCCAUUUAAAAAGGAAAUGUUUCGUUAUUUCUAAGUAUUUUCAUUGUAAAAGAUGCAUACUUCUGAUAUGGCUGGAAUGAUUUUGGAACUUUGUCUUCUUAUUUAUGUUUAAAAAACUGCAACAAUAAAUGCACUUGUAUUUAUAUAUCUAUGUAAUGUAUACUUCUUAGAAUUUUGCUUGCAAAUUAAUGCAUUUCUUUGUGGUUUUAGAAUAUUUUCCAGAUAAAGGGCUUCAAUCCUUUUUGGUCUACUUAUAGAAGUUUAGUAAAGCAAUAUUGAAGCACAUUCAUUUUUUGUUUGCUAUAAACUGCUUGUCCUUUUUUAGGAAAACACAGGAACAAAGAAAAAGAAAUCUCACUAUUUUAUAAUUUAAAUGUAUAAGUUUUCUCUGAAAUUUUCUAUUGGUUAAUUAUAAUUAUUACUCAUCAAUGGUUGGGACAAGGGGGUAUGAGUGUCAUUUUGACAGUUUCUUGUUGUAGUAGGUUAACUCUUGUAUAUAGGGACUGGUUGGAGUAUGAAGUACUUCACAUAAUGUGACAUGUGUCCUUCACCUUCAGUUAAAGCCAUCAUAUAACUUCAGCCCUUUCUCUGCUGGUACCAAAUGUCAUUAACCUUUACCACCAGUAUAGAGCCAGGCAAGUGUGACCAGGCUGUACUGUACAUGGUGUGGUGCUCACUUUCUGUGUUUUGAUAUUGAAACAGCCUAAACAUUGAAAUGGACUGUUCCAAAAUGGAAGCUGGGCAAAUCCAUUACACAAAUUCAGUACAUUUAGGUCAUGAUUCGUAAAUUACCACAAAAAAUUUGUUUUAAUGCAGUAAAUGUUUUAUUAAACAAGUAUGUAUUAAGAAUAAACAAAUUGGUAAAUUACUAAUA